AUGAGCAGGUCCGUAGUUCAAUUCAAAGCUAUUGCUCGAGGAUUUAGCACCAGAAGUAGUGUCGUGUGGUCGGGACAUAACAAAUGGUCUACAAUCAAGCAUGACAAAGCUAAGAAUGACGCCGAGAGGAACAAACUAUUCAGUAAAUUUGCCCAAAGAAUCUCUUUAGCAGUGAAAGCUGGUGGUGGUAUUGAUCCCCAACUCAAUAUUCGACUCGCAACUGCGAUUGAACAAGCAUCGAAGAACAAUGUCACCAAGAAAGUCAUUGAGAACGCCAUCAAGAAGGGAUCUGGCCAAUCUACCAAGGGCCAAGGAACUACCGAGACAUGCAUGUACGAAGGUAUGGGACCCGGAGGAGUCGCUUUCGUUGUAGAAGCGCUCACAGAUAACAAGAAUCGUACCGUGGGACUCGUCAGAAGCGCAUUUACCAAGGCACAGGGUUCAAUGACUCCCACACUCUAUUUCUUUGAUAGAAGAGGCUACGUAGUGGUACGUCCGCCAGAAGAGCUGGGCGAAGACCAGCUUUUCGAUCAAGUCUUGGAGCUCGAGGGUGUCGAAGACCUCGAAACGCUGCCGGAUGGCAGCGUCGAGGUCGUUACAGACCCUCAAAGUGCCAAUUCCGUCGCAGCUGCUCUCAAAGACAAGCAGUACACGCUUGUCGAGGUCGGAGUAGAGCACGUUCCCAAGGAUGAUAUGUGCGUUACUGCCGACCCUGAGACCCAACAGCGAAUCGACAAGUUUUUAGCCGUUCUAGGAGAGAUCGAGGACAUUACAGAUGUCUACCACAACCUUAGCGAACCGCUUUAA